UCUUCUGUGCAGUUCUUUGAAUUUGAAGUUUCGGGCCUUUUGCCAACUUUCCCAUUAGUUAAAUGGAUAUCUGUCUCGAUCAAUUUUAUUUUCUCCUACACGCGGUCUCCGUGUUAUCUUUCGAGUUUAACCCUUUAAUUUGAAAGCGGCAAGUCGAGGAAUGAGGAGCUCGUGACCGUGUUGGGUUUUCUUUUUUUGAGAAGAUUCUUUGGUCUUGGGUUAGUGAUAAAGAACAUGGCUUUCCCUUUCCAUUGAUUCCUUGGUGAUCUUUAAACGCGGCCCUUAUGUUUGAUUCAUUUAUGUUCUUUAUUUUGGCAUCUGGGAUAUUGAUACAUCAUGUGGUGAAGAUAUAGAUGGCAUCUAUCUGUUUACAAGUUCCUACUAUCAUCUCUAACAUUUGUAUCAACCUUCUGUUUUUCAGCUGAGCUUUAUCAAAUUCCACUCUCCGUCUCUCCCUCUUAUUUGAGUGUCACCAAUAAUGAGUUCUGGGAAUAUUCGACUGUUUAUGUGGGUUUCAUCUAUUUUGUGUUUGAUAUGUGGUUCCUAUGGAUUUGUUCCUCAAUAUCAUUAUAUGAUAGACUGCGGAUCCCCCACCAAUACAUCGGUGGGCGAUCGCGUAUUUGUGGCUGAUACCUCUGAUUCCAAUGCUCUUUCUACCCCACAAGAGAUUUUUGCUAAGACAACCCUGAAACCUAUUUCACUUUCCAAUGAUUCAGCUUUGUAUGAAACUGCACGAAUACUCACUGGAACCUCAAUUUACACGUUUCCCAUUAAGAAACUUGGGAGGCACUGGGUUCGCCUCUAUUUCUUCCCUUUUGUUCUCGAAUCCUACGACUUGAGCACGGCGAAGUUCUCUGUUUCCGCUCAAAAUAUCACUCUUUUCAAAGAAUCCCAUGUAGGGAACGGUUCUCAGGUUAAGGAAUACUCUUUGAACGUGACUUCCAGCAAUUUGGUUCUCACUUUUGCUCCUUCUUCCAAGUCUUUCGCCUUCAUAAAUGCCUUGGAAGUUCUUUCACUCCCCGAUGAGCUUACCCCUGAGAGUGCCCGCACAAUUGAUCCACCGGGCAGUUACCAAAGUGUGUCAAAUAAAGCGUUAGAGACAAUUGUGAGGGUGAAUAUGGGUGAUGAAACAGUCUUUCCCCAAAAUGAUACCCUGUGGCGUCUUUGGAUCUCCGAUGAUAUGUACCUGAUACACAAUAAUCUUGCAGAGUUUGUGUCUAACAUUACAGCUGUCAAUUCAACAAUAGCCGGGGCAAUGGUAAAUAUCGCUCCCGCUAUUGUCUAUGGGACCGCCACGAAGUUGAUGAACUCUGGCGAUGAUCCUAAUAUAAAUGCCAAUGUUACAUGGCGUUUCAGUGUUGACCCUGGGUUUGAGUAUCUGGUCCGGUUUCACUUCUGUGACAUAGUGAGUAUCUCUCCAAAUAUUCUCUUUUUUAAUGUCUAUAUAAACUCCAUGCUCGUUUCUAGGAAUCUUGAUCUUAGCAAUCUAACAUCAAACAUCAUUGGUGCCCCUUAUUUUAUGGAUGUCAUCACAAGAGUAAGUGAUAUCUCCAAGUUAAAUGUAAGUGUUGGCCCUUCAAACGUUGGUAACCCUAUGCCAAAUGCCAUUCUUAAUGGCCUGGAGGUCAUGAAAAUAAGCAAUUCUAAGGGCAGCCUUGAUGUUUUGGAUUCCGAUCUGAAAAAAGGUUCUAAGAUGAAAGUUGGUGUUAUAGUGGGUUUGGCCGUUGGGAUAUUCACUGCUGUUAUUGUCGCUAUCAGUCUCUUCGUGCUCUGCAGAAGAAGAAGAAGAAAAUACGCACAUGUCAACCAUUCAAAGGCGGAAGGAAAUUUUGCCACCGGUGGAAUGGUGACCAAAUACUCAAAUAACGGAGCUGCAAUAUCUUCUAGCUCAAAAACUGGUUAUCGCUUCCCUUUUGUUGCAAUUCAAGAAGCUACUGAUUAUUUCAGUGAAAGUUUAGUUGUUGGUGUUGGUGGAUUUGGGAAAGUUUACAAGGGGAUUUUGAGAGAUGAAACCAAAGUGGCAGUGAAGAGGGGAGUUUCGUAUUCACAGCAGGGUUUUGCAGAAUUCCAGACUGAAAUUGAAAUGCUAUCAAUGUUCCGUCACCGCCAUUUGGUAUCGCUGAUUGGCUACUGUGACGAACAAAAUGAGAUGAUCAUAAUUUAUGAGUACAUGGAAAAUGGGACCCUAAAGAACCAUCUGUAUGGUUCUGAUCUUCCCAGCUUAAGUUGGCCACAGAGGCUUGAGAUAUGCAUCGGAUCAGCACGAGGACUUCACUAUCUCCAUACUGGCUCUACCAAAGCCAUUAUUCAUCGUGAUGUCAAGUCUGCAAAUAUACUACUAGAUGAAAAAUUCAUGGCCAAGGUUGCUGAUUUUGGGCUUUCAAAGACAGGUCCUGAGAUUGAUAAGACACAUGUUAGUACUGCAGUGAAAGGAAGCUUUGGGUAUCUAGAUCCAGAGUAUUUAACAAGGCAGCAACUAACAGAAAAAUCAGAUGUCUACUCUUUCGGGGUAGUCAUGUUGGAAGUCCUUUGUGGGAGACCGGUUAUUGAUCCAUCCCUUCCAAGGGAAAAGGUAAGUUUAGUGGAAUGGGCAAUGAAUUCACAGAAGAGAGGGAAAUUGGAGGAAAUUGUAGACCCUUGUCUUGCUGGCCAAAUUAAGCCAGAUUCCUUGAGGAAGUUUGGAGAAAUAGCUGAUAAAUGCUUAGCAGGCUGUGGUAUGGAUCGACCUUCAAUGGGAGAUGUGUUAUGGAAUCUGGAGUGUGCACUUCAACUUCAAGGGAGCGAAGAAAAAUCCGAUCCCCAAGGUCAAUCUUCACAAGUUAAUCAUGUCAAUAACUUGGAGACCAAUAUAUCUAUUGCACAGUUCAGUAUGGGAAGCGUAGGCGACCUUGCUGGUAUCUCAAUGAGUACUAUGUUUGCCCAAAUGGUGAAAGAUGAUAUGAGAUAGAUAAUGUUAAAGCAAUGCACUAGAGCAAAAGACUUGAUAGCAGUCAAUGCAAAGGAGUUCUGGAUAUCGACAGUGUGGUUGUGCCCGUAGUAGGUCUUUUCAUCUUUGUCAUGAAUUAGCUUGAUUUUGUGUUUCAUUAAAUCUGUAAAUUCCUUCCUAAGAUUCUACACAUGUGGCAUUUGCAUGGCAUGAUCUGCCUUUUUAUGGUGUGGCUACUUCAUUCAAGGAUUUUGUUGCUAUUAUCA